AUGAACAUGUUCAGCGCCGUCAACAGCGGCCUGCGCGCGGCCAUGCAGUCCGACGACAGCGCCAUCGUCUUCGGCGAGGACGUGGGCUUCGGCGGCGUCUUCCGCUGCACCAUGGGCCUCGCGGAGGAGUUCGGCCCCGAGCGCUGCUUCAACACGCCCCUGAGCGAGCAGGGCAUCGUCGGGCUGGGCGUCGGCUACGCCGCGCUGGGGCGCACGGCGAUCGCGGAGAUCCAGUUCGCGGACUACAUCUUCCCGGCCUACGACCAGCUCGUCAACGAGGCGGCCAAGUACCGCUACCGGUCCGGCGGCGAGUUCGACGUCGGCGGGCUGACCGUGCGCACGCCCUGCGGCGCGAUCGGCCACGGCGGCCACUACCACAGCCAGUCGCCCGAGGCGACCUUCGCGCACACGGCGGGGCUGAAGCUCGUCAUGCCCCGGGGCCCGCGGGAGGCCAAGGGCCUGCUCGUCGCGUCGAUCCGCGACGACAACCCGGUCAUCUUCUUCGAGCCGAAGGCGCUCUACCGCGCCGCCGUCGACGACGUCCCCGACGACCCGGACUUCUCGCUGCCCCUGGGCGUCGCGGACGUGGUGGUGGCGGGCACCGACGUGACGCUCGUGGCCUGGGGGGCGCAGGUGCGCGUGGCGACCCGGGCCGCGGAGCGCGCGGCGGCGGAGCGGGGGCUCUCCGUCGAGGUCGUCGACCUCCAGACCAUCAGCCCCUGGGACUCGCGCGCCGUCGAGGCCUCCGUGAACAAGACGGGCCGCCUCGUGGUGACGCACGAGGCGCCGCGGCAGCUCGGCUUCGCGGCGGAGAUCAACGCGCACGCGUCCGAGGCGUGCUUCCUCCACCUCGAGGCGCCGCCCGCGCGCGUCUGCGGCCUCGACACGCCCUUCCCGCUCGCCCACGAGCCGAGCUACCUCCCGACCGAGGACAAGGUCCUCGCCGCCAUCUACGACACGGCGGACUUCUAG